GAAAAGGAAUCAGAGUUUAUUUCAGGGAAAUAAGUCGCUGAAGACUAUCUCAAGAUUUAGAUAGAAGAGAGCUGUGGAUUUUCUUGGUUUUAGAUUAUAUGUAAAAAAGAAAGAAAAUUGGGAUUUGGUUUUCUAAGAGAAAAUAAGUGCUUUGUGAACGUUAGAUGACUCAUUUUAUUUUAUUUGUGUGAAACCCUAUCACAUGUGAACGCUAUGUGAACUUUUAUCACGUUCUGUGGACAGGUGAUAAGAAUGAUAAAUAGCGCUGAUAAACUUUAUCUUUUGGCAGCGAUUAAUCAGGAGAAAAGGAAAUAGCUGAGCAUGUAGAUAGGACAGAUUGCGCCGACUCUUUGAUAGUGCUGACUGUUCAUGCAAGCGCCGAACUACCGCGUCUCUGGGUGGAUCCCCUGUGCUCACGGCAGCUUUUAGGAUUGUGCGGGGCAGGACAGGCAGAGUCGAGAUCCCUCUCGCUCUGGCGAAUGUCUCUGUCCAGCGCUGGUGCGGGUGGCUUGCAGCCCCUAGGAGCUCAGCCCCCCCACAAUUAGCGGGUUAACAACCCGCCGCAAGUUUCCGAGCCAGUUCUGCAAGGCUUUGGGAGCCUCCGUAAGUGAAUGAACGCAUGGGCGCCGAUUUCCAGUCCGGUUUUUGCCUUCCAUGUCAGUGUCGGUUGUGGGAUGGCACCUGGGAGCUGUGUCACAGCUGGGUUUCCACAGGGUUCCCGACUCUCCCUUACCAAGCAUCCUCGUCCCCUUUUCAUUACCCCGUGGCAGCUGAGUGGUUCUGCAGGCUACAGACAACAAAUGCCGGAAUUUCGGUAAUUUUAUCCUUAUAUGUUCGUAAAAAUUCGGAAAAGUCGGAAAACCCGACGUAGCACGAGUUGUUGAUGACAGCAACAACAGCCCAAAGGCAGGUUUUGGACCAGGCACUGCCGGUGCUGUGACCUGCCAGGCUGUUGGUGCGUGGGAACGGGAUCCGUUCUCACUCCGCUGAGCCUGCACCACAGGUCGCAGAGCUUCAUUGCCCUGAGUGUGGCUGGGGGAGCAAAGUACCGGCCAGAGCAGGAGAGCAUAUUAAACCGAGAUUUCUGCGGUUUGUCGGGGAUAGACGCCUGCUGGGAUGGUGGUGGCAGUGGGGAUCCCGCAGGAGGGGUGAUGCUUCUGAAAAUGCAGCGGCGGGAGCCGCCCCGCGGCGAGAGCUUGUGUUGCGGCCGGAGGAGCUGCUCAUAACACGGCAGCACGAAAUCAGUGUCGCUUUGCCGGCCACGCUGCUUUGGUGGCGUACUGAGCAGCGACGUGCAGACGCCUUGAAAGGGGCUUCCUCCCCGUAAAGGGGCUGGCCAAGCUUUUGGGUGGGAGGAUCGGCAUCCUGAAGGUCCUGAGAAACACUGGGAGCUGGCGCAUCGUGCCGGUCCCGGCUCUCCCUGGCACCCUGCGUAUCCCGCAGGACCCUCCCCACUCAUCCUCCCGCCCUCUCCACCUCCCUUUCUUACUCCCGCUGCCUCAUUCCAGCGAGGUGUUCCCGGGACUCACACACCCCAAACACCCCACGUCUCCGUAUCUCCCCUUUUGGCGUCACUCUGCCGACUUUUCCCGCACACGCAGUCCCUGUGCCGGAUCUACCCUGCCUCUGCCGGCGCUGCCCCCGCCCGGCUGUUUCUGCAGCGGGGUUUCUCGCAGGGCUGUGCUCUCCCUGCGGGCCCUGCCCGCUCGAGCCCCGCUGUCCCCGGGCCGGGGUGGGCGCGCUCGCUGCGGCUCGGGCGCUCUGUGCAGUUAUUGGCCGGGACUCUGAGCGCCGCUGUCGGCCAAUGAUGGAGCGGGGGGGAACUGGCGGCCCGGCCCCGCUCGGAGCCGGGAUGAGGCGCAGACGGUCUCAGAGAGACUCUGCGAGUGAGUCACGGCCGAGCCCGCCGAGCAAUGCCCGGCUCCCCGCCGCCGCUUCCCGGGGCCGCUGGGCAGCGGCAUGACGGGGCGAGCUGAGAGUUUCUAGCCGGGGCGGGGGGCGAGGCGGAGAGCGCGGCCGUCCUGUGCGAUGAACGGCGUUGCUGUGAGGAGCCGCGGGGUGACGACGGGGCAGGUACUGAGCCUCUUGCUUUUGUUCGGCGUUUCCGACUGGGUUUCCGCCGCCAUUCGCUAUGCGAUCCCCGAGGAGGCGCGGAGGGGCUCCGCGGUGGGGAACGUGGUAGCCGACCUGGCGCUGGACCUCGGGCGGCUGCCGGGGCGCCGGUUGCGGGUGGUGUCCGGCGGCAACAAGAAGUACUUCGGGGUGGAUCUGACGAGCGGGGCGCUGCUGGUGAACGAGAGGAUAGACCGGGAGGAGCUUUGCGGCGCGCUCUCUCCCUGCUCCCUCGGCUUUGAGAUCGUGGUGGAAAACCCGCUCGAGCUGUACAGCGGCACCGUAGAGAUCCAGGACAUCAAUGACAACGACCCGGUUUUUCCCAGCAGCCAGGCGCGGCUGGAAAUCAGUGAGUCCGUGGCUGCCGGAGCGCGCUUCCCGCUAGAGAGCGCGCAAGAUCCCGAUGUGGGAAUUAACUCUUUGCAGACCUACCAGCUCAGCGCCAACCCGAACUUUGCGCUCGAUGUGCAGACGAGGGUGGAUGGCAGCAAGUACGCGGAACUGGUGUUAGAGAAGGAGCUGGACAGGGAGGAGCAAAGGGAGCUGAAUUUGGUCUUGACUGCGCUGGAUGGAGGCAGCCCGCCACGGUCGGCCCAGGUGCAGAUCCACAUUGACGUUGUAGAUGCCAACGAUAAUGCCCCGGUCUUCAACCAGUCCACCUAUAAGGCGAGUGUGAGGGAGAACACGCCCAGCGGUACCCUGGUCGCCAGGAUCAGUGCAUACGACCUGGAUGAUGGGCCCAAUGGAGACAUCAUCUACACCUUCAGCAGCCACACCCCUGCCAAGGUACGAGAACUUUUUGCUCUGGACUCAGCCACAGGGGAGUUGAGGGUCAAGGGACAGCUGGACUAUGAGGAAACAAAGUUGUAUGAGAUUUACUUACAGGCUAAAGACAAGGGAGCCGUUCCUGGUGUGGCUCAUUGCAAAGUGCUGGUGGAAGUCGUGGACGUGAAUGACAAUGCUCCAGAGGUGACAGUGACUUCUGUGUACAGCCCUGUGCCUGAAGAUGCAGCCCCAGGGACGGUCGUAGCUCUGCUGAGUGUAACAGACUUGGACUCCCAUGACAAUGGCCUGGUGAACUGUUUUAUUUCCCCUGGGAUCCCGUUCAUGCUCAGCUCCUCCCUCAAAAAUUACUACACAUUGAAAACAGAAGGAGCUCUGGACCGGGAAAAGGCAGCAGAGUACAACAUCACUGUCACAGCCAAGGACUCGGGCUCACCACCCUUGUCUGCAGUAAAACACAUCCUGGUGCAGGUGUCAGAUGUCAAUGACAACGCUCCCAGGUCGUCCCAGGACUCCUAUGAUGUCUAUGUUCUGGAGAACAACAUGCCUGGCAUCCCCAUCCUUAACGUGAGUGCCACGGAUCCGGACCUCGGGCGCAAUGCCCACCUCUCCUAUACCCUUUUGCAGGGUGACACCACUUUUGGCCACCUCUUCUCCAUCAACCGGGAGAAUGGCACCCUCUACCUGCUCACCUCCCUGGACCACGAGGACCAGGUGGAGUUCAACAUGAUGGUGCAGAUCCAGGACGGCGGCUUUCCACCCCUGGCCACUAAUGUCUCGGUCAGUGUGUUUGUCACUGACCUCAAUGACAAUGCCCCAAUGGUGCUGUACCCUCAGCCCAACACCACCGCCACCUACACCGAUGUGGUGGCACCAGGCACUCCCGCUGGCCACAUGGUCACCAAGGUGGUGGCGGUGGAUGCGGAUGCAGGGUACAAUGCCUGGAUCUCCUACACCCUGUUGCAGGCCACUGACCCCAGCCUCUUCUCGGUUGGGCUGCACAACGGGGAGAUCUUCACGGCCCGCCAGCUCCGCGAGGAUGACGCUCCCGAGCACACCUUAGUCAUCCUGCUGAAAGACCAUGGGGAGCCUGUGCUGUCCACCAGUGCCACCAUCUCCAUCUCUGUGGCUGAGAUGGUCAAGGAGGUGCUCACUGACCUCACUGAUGUGGCACCUGCCAAUGAUCCCAGGAGACAUGUGACUUUCUAUCUCAUCCUGGCUGUGAUUUUGGUGUCGGCAGCCUUCUUCAUUACCAUGUUGUCCGUGGGCAUCUUCAAGUGCUACAAGUGGAGGCAGUCGAGGGAGCUGUACAACAGCUCCAGGAGUACCACGUACAGGACACCAGGGCCCUUCCACCACAUUGAUGCCGUGAGGGGUGGCUUCACACCACCCAGCUUCUACCACCAGGUCUAUCUCACCACAGACUCUCGCCAGAGUGAUCUCCUGUGUAAAAAGCCCUUCACUUCCAGCCCCCUGGGGAGCCGCCAGGGCACCAUAAGGAAUGGUGAGCCAGGGCUGUACCACCAGAUUGUGGGCACUGCCAGCCGGCUGCCCACACCUGCCGAGCAAGCUCAGCCUAACACAGAUUGGCGCUUCUCUCAGACCCAGAGACCUGGAACAAGUGGCUCCCAGAAUGGAGAGGAAGCUGGAGCCUGGCCCAACAACCAGUUUGACACGGAGGUGCUCCAAGCCAUGAUCCUGGCUUCAGCCAAUGAAGGUGCCGAUGGUAACUCGACCCUGGGCGGCGGCAAUGGCACGAUGGGGCUGAGCGCUCGCUACGGCCCCCAGUUCACCCUGCAGCACGUCCCCGACUACCGGCAGAACGUCUACAUCCCGGGCAGCAAUGCCACCCUCACCAACGCCGCCGGCAAGCGCGACGCCAAGAGCGCCGCCCCCGCCGGGGGCAACAAGAAGAAAUCCGGGAAGAAGGAGAAGAAGUAGUGAAGAAGAAAAAGGAGACCUUAGAGCUACAGGGCAGCCGGCUCCAGCACUCCCCCAAAACCACAGCCCAGGCCGGAGGACGAAUGUGAAUUUAUUUUUUUUGUGGUGCAAAAGCAGGAAAUGCUGCGAAUGUAUCUCGUCAUCAUCAGAGCUGAGAGCAGGGGCUCGCUGCUCUCAGGUCUCGUGAUGAAAACCAAUCCGGAAUCUAAACCGAACGCAAACAAGUGCCCUGUGAAUAAUGUUUUGUACAAUCCCUCGGGUAUUCGAAUAUGCAAGGGCAGAAGGUCUUUUGCCAUGUCUUUGGAUCCAAUUUGCUCGCAGGUAGUCCAAGAAAGGCACAAGGCUUGUGCUCGGCUUCGCCCAGUGUAAAUAAUUUUAAUGUGGAUCUUUUAAUUUAUAGCCCUUCGGCUGUUUUUUGGAAAGGAAAAGGAAGUUCUUAGCUUAGAGCCCAUGCUCCAGUUCUUUGCUGUUAAAUUUUCCAUUCGUAAAAUUCACCCCCAGCCAAUGAUAGCGAUGGAUUUUGGAAUUUGGAAGUUGGUAGGGAGUGCUUCAGUUCCUGCUUACCUGUCAUCUGAAAAAACAAAACAAAAAAAAAGUGUUUAUAUUGCAUGAGUCAAAGGGAAUAUGGCAAAGCUGCAUCCUAAGCAUUUUUAAUUAUUUUUUUUAAGUGUAACCACUAAUGGCCUGAAAUAUGAUAAGGAAAAAGCCCUCCAGCUGUGUGAGAGUCAGGGAAUUCCAUGAGGAGCACGCCGAGGUGUGCGGCAGCUGCCCCGGCAGUUCUAGGGGUCUCCGAAGAGCAGACACAUCUCAGUCCUUCUUUGCAGUAAAUAUUUAUAUGUACAGUCGAUGUUCUUAUGGAAUUAAGGCUAAGAGAGCCUCGCUCCCCGCGGCCAGGCCUGGCCGGGUGACACGGGGACAACUUCACUGUCUGCACACGGUGUCUGCAUGCACGUCCCUCACCUCACAGCUGCACUGGCCAGCAGCCCCACGGACCCGCACAGCCCCGCAUGCCCGCGUGGGGUGGGCACGCCGGCAGCCGCCCGGGCUGCCCUGGGAGGGGUGGGAGGGGGUGGGAUGGCUCAGGCGGGCUGGGGAAACUCAUUAUUGCUUCUAGUUCGGGCCCCAAAGGUUGUUUGGGGUGGUCGGGCGGUUCCGGGGGUCUCGCCCAAAGGUGGAUCCGCGGGGCUGCCGCUGCAUGGCUUUGGUGCAGAGUUGGUGGCUGAGUAAGUGAUGGUUGUUUCGGUGGCGUUGGGGGACCAGAUCCAGACAAGGGACCCAAGAGCAGGGGGUGACGCUGCGAAAUGGGGGGCGGUGAUUGGGGGCGUGACACACGGGGCCAGCCCGGAGGGGGAGGCGAUGCUCCCGCUGGCUUUGGGCUUUGUACCCUGCGGGGAGAAUGGAAGGAUGAGGAUUAGAGUUUCUCCAUGUGCCCAUCACCAAAGCACCAGGCCAGCUUCCCAUAGCAAAGCAGCUCUGAGCCCCCGGGAGAGGCAGGUGGGGGCUUUGUGUAGCCAGAGCCAGGAGAGGAGCUGUGGGGUGGCCCGGGAGGGGACACACCGAGUUUCCCAGGGGGGUGUGUGUUGUUUUUUUCCUUUUUUAAUCACUAACACGUAACUCACCCGAGCAGAUCCAGCCCUUUCAGCCAGGCUCUCCCCACCCCUGCCCCCUCCCCACACCAGGGCAGCAGGAGCAUCCCUCGUGUUUCAUCGGGAUCCAGCCACCUCCGUUGCUGGCUGCACUGGGAGCGGCUCCCACCCUGUCCCCUGCAGCUGCCACCUGCCCCUCCCCUCCCCAAAAAUGCUGUAGCUGAAUUGUAGUCUUUAUAUUUUCUUUUUAAUCUGCAAUCUGAGGUAGCGUAGUGAGUGUCGUGUAUUUAGUGGCGUGUUAUUUUUAAUUGCAGUAACUAACUUGUGGACAUCAGUAUUUUCAAUUUUCUCUGUAUCUUCUUUCCACGUGGUCUGUGCUCCGAGUGUGCGUGAAAUGAAACACGUUUGCCCUUUCAAUGUGUCUAAUAUUGAAUUAUACUUAUAUAUUAUAUAUAUGCUUAUAUCCUUCUUAUACCCAUAUAGACCAAUGUCGAUGUGUUACACGCAAGUUUUAUACUCUAAUAUUUAUAUUGCUUUUUUUCUUUGGGAAAAAAAAAUAAUAAAAUGGUUUCUUCUGAA